AUGGCCGUGGUGGAGCUGUCGCGCAGCCUUCGUCACUGGCGGCACCGCGUGCGGGCCAGGUCGGGGAGAUCGCUGGAGGCGCUGGUGCACCACCGAGGCGGUCCCGCGACGCUCCAGCCCGACCCGGCGAGGCACCCGCCAGACGUGUGCGCGCGCUUGGCCGGGGUGACCGCCCGGGCCGGCUACCGCGACAGACCAGCACAGGGGCUGCCCCCUGCACCCCGAGGCUUGGCCCGCCUCCUCGGCCUCGGGGCCGCGGGGCUGUCCGUUGCCGCUGGCGCCCUCCGCGCGCGGGCCAGCGCGUGCGAGAGCGGCGGCGAGGAGCGCGGGCGAGCGGGCGAGCAGGGCGACGCGGACGAGGACGACGACUUCGACUUCGAGUUCGCCAAGCCUCCGGUCGCCCAGGUGGACCUCGGCCUCCAGGUCUCCGUGCAGUUAUCCCGAGGGUCGGCGGCCGGGCACCGCCGAUGUGGGCCGGGCAGCUCCCGGGCGCGGGCCUCUCCCUGCCGGUGGAGCGCGGCUGGCCGCGGGACACGCUGA